AGAGAGAGAAAGACAGCCAAAAACUAGACGGUCAUGCUGUUUCCCUCUCCAUUCCACCUCUUUUGUGUCAUUCUCCUCUGUUUCCCUCUCGCUUUCGUCUUCACCAUCACUUCACCUUCAAAACCAGAACCACCAAUCCAAAGCACCAUAAUAAUAAACACAAAACCUAAAUCCACAAUCUUUUCACAACUCAAUAGCGGCAAGACCAAGAACUACACUUCUAAAAAACUUGCCUUCUUGUUCCUCGCCCAUGCACCGCUUCCAUUCUCACCUUUAUGGGAACUCUACUUCAACAAUGUAUCAAAACAUCAAUACAACAUAUACAUACACGCCGACCCGACCCGGAAUUACGAUCCUCCAUUCUCCGGCGUAUUCCAAAAUCGAGUCAUACCCGGAUCAAUUCGGACUCGAAGAUAUUCCCCAACAUUAAUCGCCGCCGUGCGCCGUCUCCUAACCCAUGCACUCAAGGACGAUAAGUCAAAUUCAAUGUUUGCCCUCCUCUCCCCAUCUUGUAUUCCUCUCCAUUCAUUCAAUUUCACAUACAAAACAUUGAUUCCAUCCCGUAAAAGCUUCAUCGAGAUACUGAAAAACGAGCCAGGGAUGCUGGAUCGAUGGAUGGUUCGUGGGGAAAACGUGAUGCUGCCUGAGGUUCGGUUUGAGGAUUUCCGAGUUGGGUCACAGUUCUUUGUAUUGACACGUAAGCACGCGAAGAUGGUGGUGAGUGAUCGGCGGCUUUGGGGGAAAUUCAAGAUGCCUUGUUUGAGACGAGACACGUGUUAUCCAGAAGAGAAUUAUUUUCCAACGCUACUUAACAUGCAGGAUCCACGUGGAUGUGUUCCGGCCACGUUGACUUACGUUGACUGGAAGGGACGCGUGGAUGGUCAUCCUCGGACUUAUAAUGGGUCGGAGGUGGGACCCGAAUUGAUUGAGAAAAUCAGGGGAAGACGACCUAGGUAUGGGGACUUGACGAUCAACGGUUCAGAUGGGUUUAGGAGGGAGAUAUUAGGUAAUCACCAUCGUUAUCAUUAUCCUUUCUUGUUUGCGAGGAAAUUCGCAUCUGAAUCGGUGCAGCGGCUGUUAAGUAUGGCGAGUGACGUUAUAUUUGCGGAUGAUCAUAAAUCUCUCAUUUCCUCAAAGAGGGAAGGUUUAAAUGAGAUAAUUAUGGAUGUUGCUGCUCCGGCUUAA